AUUCUUUUUGUCAUUAUUAUUAUUACUGGCACUGCCGCGCACCGCGUCUGCCCCCACCCGUUGGCCGGCGCUGCGCAGCGAUCGACCAUUACAGCGUCGACCGCCUCAAAGAUGAAGUGGGAGCCUUUCAAGGGUUCCGGUGCCAUCCCUGCCGGCUCGGUUUUCUCCUCGCCCGGCGCUGCGCAGCGAUCGAUCGUUCCGGCGCCGGCCGCCUCAAAGAUGAAGUGGGAGUCGUCCAAGGGUUCCGGCGUCGCCCCUGACCGCUCAGGAUACGUUCGGCUGGAGCUCCCGUGCCCCAAGAGCUGUCUCGUGGUCGCUUCGGCCGAUCCUGAGCCGUGGACCACCAUGGACGAUCUCGUGUCCGGGCUCAAAGCCCUGGAGUCGCGGCUCGGAUAUAAUUCUCCACCGGUGCCUCUCAAGCAACCCCCCGAAUGGGUGUCUCCUCGACAAAAGGCAAUGAAUGCGAGAGACAAAACGAGGCUGGGAGGGAGCAUGGUGGCUGGCUGGAGGAUCUCCUGCCCGGAUUUUGAUUUCAGUGAUUCUGAAGAGUCUGACGAUGAUUUAACAAUCGGAAGGACUACAUGUCUUUUGGACAAAGAAGACCUUGACAAAAGCAUCCUUUUUAUGCUUGAGCAGGAAAACCAGCUAAGAGUUAAGGAGGAACUUAGGUGCAAGUUGGCUAAAUUGGAGGUGGCACAGAGAAAUGAAAUGAACAGAUUUGCUUCUGCCAUUUCUCAGAUUGACAAAUAUGUAGAAGAUAGGCAAGAGAUGGAUAGAAGAUUUGAUCAGCAAUAUCGACGAAAGAUUGCUGAAGUAGUUGAUAGCCACUUGUCGGCUGUCCGAAGGGAUCAUGAAAAAAGAUCCCAAAUUGAAGAACGGAGAAUAAGAGAUGAUGCGGCUCUUGAAGAAGCCAAAAAGAAGGCCAUUCUUGAGGAAAAGCUGCGCCAAGAAAAAGCCAAAGCAGAAGCAGAGGCUAAACUCAGGGCUGCAAAAUUGGCUGAAGAAGCAGAAAGAGUAGCCCUGGAAGCUGCUCAAAGAGCAGCCGCAGAAGCUGCUGAAAGUAAAGCUGCUGCUUCUGAAGAUACAAAAAAGAAAUCUAUGGACCAUAAUGAAGAAGAAACAAAGGAAAGAGGUUCAGGCUCAGAAGUGCCAAAAGAGGUGCAGCUGACUACUGGUUGUCCUACGCCAAAAGUUUUGGCUGUUGAUGCUGCAUUGAGAGCAGAGGCUAGCAGACAAAAGAUAUACAAUGAAGUAGCUGAGAAGUCCAAUCUUAUUGCUUCUAAGGAAUUUGAUAGAUGUGGGAGGCAGAUCUAUAAAAACCUAAAGCAGAUAACCGGAACUGUGGAGAACGUCAGAGCAAAAACACAUGCACUCAUAGACCUUCUAAACAAUCCAGUCUGCCCCAGUUCCAUCUCUGUAUUUCUGUUUGCAAAGAAGGUGGUCUCCCUGUGUGAAGACCCAACAGGAACUUUUGACAGUACAGCAUUUGCUUGUGGCCAGGUCAUUCUUCUGGUUUCAUCACAGGUUCCAGCUGUUAUGGAUUUUGUGCUGGCUGAGUUCCAUAAAAGUUGCAUCUAUACGGUUCCAAAGUAUCUGCAGCCUUCAGAUCAAACAUUACAAACUAAGGAUUACUGGAAGAUGGUUGGUUAUCAUGAAGUAGAUGGAAAGAUUGAAAGCUCUGAGAAUUACCUGAAUCGAGUUCAGUCUUACAUGAAACUUUAUGCUGCCAUAGUCCAGACAGAGAUCGAAGGUGUCAGGAAUCCUCAUGGCUUAGCAGAAGGAUGGGCAUGGCUUGCCCGGUUUCUGAAUGCUUUGCCUGCCAACAGAUCCACCGCAUAUGCUUUGGAAGCCUUCUUGAAGAUGGCAGGAUUUGCAUUGCACAGGAGAUACAAGUCUCAGUUCAAGAAGGUGCUCAAUGCCAUUUCCCGCAGCUUUCUGCCUGCGCUCAGGGAAAGAGGGGAUCGAAAGUUGAAUGAGAUCAUCAAAAGACUGGAGCAGUACUUGGAAGAUCAAGUGUUCCUAAAGGAACCUGAAGGAUGGCGUCUCCACUCUUCCUUGCUGUCUAAAGAGUUGGUAUAGUAAUGUUUUUUUCUCUACUAAAAUAGUUUCUAUUCAUUACAUUAAAUGGCGUCUAUCGCAUGGAUUCAAAUAUGAGACCCAUCAACGGCGCAACAAUCCACUAACCAUUUGAUAUCUCAACAGACAUGUAUAAUAAUGUUACAGAAGUUGUAUUAGAUAAAUUAAUAUUCUUUUUUUAAUUGGUACCAAGGUUUUUUGAACA